GUUUUGGUGCACUUCUCUUUUAAAGAGUUAGCAAACACCGUUUUUGAGAGGCAAAUAUUAGAAUUGACAGUCGGACAGAUCCUAUAAGAAUUGUAUACCAUAGGAUACAUAGACCAAGCAUUCAAGGAAUAGGAGUAGAGCUCACACGUGAAAAACUAAAAAGAAAUAGCAUGUUUUGGACCACUAUUUUGUGUUUUUCUCUCUUGUCUUUUUCUAUUUUCUCGUUUUUUCUCCAAAGCAUGCUAUAUAUCUCUUAUUCAUUUUUCACGCCUCCACUCCUUGAAUGCUCGGUCUAUGUAUGCUACAUCUAUGCUGUAUCCCAAGUCAUCUCAGGGCCAGUUUCACAACUACCGAUUAACUUAACCGAUCGAUUAAGUGUCAACCAUGAUUGGUUAUUUCUGGCCAAUACUACUUAACGACAAAUAUAAUUGGUCAAUUCCGAUAGAAUAAUCAGCCGAUUAAAUUAACCGAUGGUUGUGAAACUGGCCCUCAUACCUACUGCAGCAGUACGAGGAGUACGAGUUGGCUACUGUGCACAUGGCAUUUUCUUGUUUCUCCAAUUUUUAAGUGGAUAUCAUUGUAUAAUAACCAUGUCCUUCGCGGGAAAAGUUGUCCUGAUAACAGGGGCCAGCUCAGGAAUUGGGGCUGGGACAGCUAUUCACAUGGCCCAGCUUGGAGCGUCGCUAUCGUUAACGGGACGCAACAAGCAGAAUUUAGACAAGGUGGCCGAGAAAUGUGGGCAGUCCAAGACACUUAUCAUAACAGGCGAGGUAACCAACGAGAACGACUUGAAGAACAUCAUCGACUCGACAAUUAAGCAUUUCGGCAAAUUGGACGUUUUAAUUAAUAAUGCUGGAGUUUUCGAGCCCAAUAGUAUAAAGACCAUGCGCUUGGAACAAUACGACAAUGUUUUCAACGUAAAUGUUCGCUCGGUAUACCAACUGACGGCGCUGGCAGUGCCGCAUUUAAUCAAGACGAAGGGCAACAUCGUUAACGUUUCUAGCUUAACUGGAUUACGAUCUUUCCCAGGAGCUCUGACAUAUUGUAUGAGUAAGGCGGCCCUGGACCAAUUUACCCGUUGCGUCGCUUUAGAAUUGGGAACGCAUCAGGUGCGAGUGAAUGCUGUAAAUCCUGGUGAUGUAAUAACAAAUAUUACACGGCAUACUGGAAAGAGCCAGGAAGAAAUUGAAAACUAUUACGAGCACAGUAAAAAGUCAUAUGCUCUAGGAAGGAUUGGCGACGUUUCGGAAGUCGCGAAGGCCAUUGCAUUUCUAGCAAGUGACGAUGCUAGUUACAUAACCGGGGCGACAUUACCUGUGGACGGAGGUAGACAGGCCAUGUGUCCUUAAAGAUUUCGUAUCGUCUUAAUAAAUAUAUUUUUUUUUAUUAAUCCUUAAAUGGUGCAUUGAAAGAUUUAUUAUCUAUAUUCCAAUACAUAAUAUUUUUUGUUAGAUAAACAUGAUUUAUUACAGAAUAUUUAAAAAAUGUAAUAAAUGUAAACAUGUAAUAAUUUUCCAUAAAUUUACGGUUUAUGUCUUUUGAACGUAUAUGCAUAUUCAAUAUAUUAUCUUAUAACUCAACAAACAAAAAUAUAUCUUAUAUAUUCUAAUUGAGCAAAGUUUAUGAUUGAUAAUCUGCAAUAUCUCAAACUUUUUGAUUUAUAUAAAAAUUUAUAUUAAAUUUAGUAUUUGCAAAGAUUUAUAUAAAUCCAAUUUUGAUAAAUUUUGAACACUUUGGAGAAGUUAAUAACUUUUAAUUAAAACCAAAUUCAUAAUGCUAACUAUUUAAAUAAAAAUCCAAAUAGUCGAUUGACAUUUGGACUGCACGCAAGUUGGUGAAAGGGGAAUAGCGCUAGCUGAAAAUUGGUCAAAAAGUGUAUUUUUUACCGAGCUCCGAUUUAAAUAAAAUAAAAUUUUUUUGUUUUUAAACAAUUGUUUUGUUCACUUAUUUCUAACGUUCUAUUUGACAUUUCUUAGUGUUUUUUCAAUAAAAAAAUUAUUACGUAUUAAAUUAUUUUUGUUAAUAUGUAAGGACCAAGUUGUAUGUAAUUGCAUCCUUCUCUCUUCAGGAAUGCCAAGGAGCAACGAGUCUUUUCAUUUUUUAAUAAUUCUUAAUAAUUGAAAAUUGUUGCUUUUGUUUAUUUAUAAGGUAAAAAUAGGGUAAAAAUUAUAUUAUCAAGAAAAGGGAAGUGCACCAAGACACAUUUACCAGCAUUUACAAGCGAGAUAAAGAGUUAGCAGACACCGUUUUUGAGAAGCAAAUACAAUUAACAGUUGGGCAGACACUAUAAGUAUUGUAUACUAUAGACAUAGGAUACAUAGACCGAGCAUUCAAGACCUGUGUGAAAUUAGCCCCCCGAUAUUGAAAAAAAAAUAAUUUUCUUUAGCUCAUUCGAUUGCACAUCGUUUGCACAUUUAUGCACACCUCGAUUUUUCGUUUGCACACUUCUAGUUUAAAAGUUAUUAAUAAAACAAACUUGGAGGGGGGGGGGGCUAACUUCACAAUAGGCUCCCAACUGUGAGCAAAUUAGAUUUAAAUAGGCUUAAUCGAUAGAUUUUCGUUUGCACAUUGCGAAUGAAGUCGAAUUUUCGUUUGCACAUCUUUAGUUAACAUUUUGUAAAGAAAUUAAUUCAUGGCCAUCGUACGAAAAA